AUGGCCAAGGCAGGUGCUGCAGCCAGGCUGAAGGACGGGCUGACCUGCUCUAUCUGCCUGGACAUUUACAGGAACCCCAUGUCCCUGGGGUGCGGUCACAGCUUUUGCAAGGAGUGCAUCGAAGGAACAGAAAAAUGCCAGCAGGGCCCUUCCCAGUGCCCACUCUGCCUUUACCCCACAGGCCCCCGUCCAGCCAUGAAGACUUGCCUGACCUGCAAGGCCUCCCUGUGCCAAGCCCACCUGAGUAAGCACAGCACAAAGAACACUCAGAAAAAACUACAUCCUGGUGGGGCUCUGUGCUGCCCAGGUUUUGGCUGAGAGGAAAUGCCCCAGCACGGUAAAUUGCUGGAAUGUUACUGUGAGAAGGACAAGGUCCGCACCUGCACGCUGCGCUCCGCCCCCAGCUCCCACAGGGACCACAAGACCAUCAGCUUAAAGGAGGCCCUUGGCCAAGCACAGAGUGUUUCUCCCAAAACUCCCAAAAGGGGUGAAAAACUAUGAAACUGCACUGGAUCGAAGCAUAGGAAACCUGC